UCCCGGGCAGGCGGCUGGCUCCGCUGGAAGGGCACAGCUUCCUCAGCCGGGGUACGGCGGGGGAGUACGGCUUGUGGUUUUCGCUGAGAGAGGCGGGGGUGCUGCGGCGGCGACUUCGCGUUUUACCUGAGGCGGGGGAGCUGUGCAAGGCUGAACCGUGACAAUGAUUGCUUUCCAGCAAAAAAUUCUCAACUUGAUCAAGUGUUUUAGAAGGCAAUGGCAUUUAUUUUCAAACUCUGAGAGGACAACUGUAUGUGGAGCAGACUACAUGCUGAUGGCGUUACAACUGUCAAUGGCUGAAGUCAAUAAACAGCAUCAUGGAGAUUUCACAGUAUCACUUGGUGAUGUCUUGGAAACUUGGAACUAUUUGUUACAUGACAAACUGGGAUUAUCAUAUGAAAACAUGCAAGAACCUGAAAAUUAUGCUGAUGUAAAAAAAGCCUAUCAUGCCUUCUUAGCAAGGAGCAGUAUGUUAGAUUUAAUAGACAUACAUCAGAAGUGCUGUGAUCUCGGGCUGAUAUCUGAAGAUGGAAGUAUAGAUCCUGUUCAUCUGUUGGAAUUUAUUUCUGGCAUAAUGAAUGUGCAAGAAAAUAAUGGUUCUGUUCUUUCUACUCCUCCUAAGCCAGUCAAAAGUCAGGGCCAGGAGAACGUGAAGGUGGCAAUCCUGGCAAAGAAGUGCAUUUGCUCAUAUUUAAGCCUGUUGGUGAAUUCUAAGGAUGAUCUGGCAUUGGCUCAUAUUCUAAAUGUACCUGACAGAGGACUUGAUAGAGAAGCCUUCACUAACCUAAAACAUGCCUCACAAGAGAGAAAAAUGUCAAUUUUCCUGAUGGCAACAUCCUUUAUCCGAACAGUAGAACUUGGAGGAAGAGGCUGUGCAUCUUCAUUAUUUGGUCCUUUAAAAGCCCAUGUAAAGGGACUUGCAAACUUUGUAAACUUUAUUGACAAACUGCAGGAAAUCAUUGGUGAAAUCUUAAACCCAAGAAUCGCGGGAGGGCGAAUUCUGUCAACAGUGAAGAUGCAUUUGAUAAAAGGCCGAAGCAAUGGGGAUCCUUUCUGUAAGGCAGUAGAGGAAGUUGUAGAAGAUUUGGAUUUGAAGAUUAAAAAUAUUAUCGAUUCACAACAGGAAGUCUUGACUGCCAGCACUGCUGGAGUCAGUCCAGCACGGCCAAAACUGCAUUCCAUAAAUCAUGGCACUGUGUAUUGUGGCAGAGAUACUGUAAAGGUCUUACUAGUUCUUCUGGAUGAAGAAACUGUCAAUCCUCCUACGCACAAUAAAGCAGACUUAUUAUAUGAGGAUGAAAGCUUUAACUUGCUUGGAAUGACCUCUGUUUUAACACUUUUCAAAUCUCCAGCACAAUCUAAUGGAUCUUCUCCAAAACCUCUUAGACAACGUAUUCAGAAGUCUGUGGAUGAAAAAAAAUUCAAGAUGAAGCAGUCUUCACUAAAAUCUCAGUUUGCCUGUACAUAUAAAAAUGAUCUGAGUGAGAUGAAGCGUCAACAUUUCCUCAGCAGUAGCCAAAUUCCAACUGGCAUAGACCCUGCACCAAAGCAAUGUUUAAAAGCUGGAGAUAACACAGAAGGUAUGAAUUCAUGUCUUGAUGUACCAGUGCUUGGAACUAUUUCUGAAAAUGUUCACCAGACUAGAAGUUAUACAGAAAUGGGAAAGCUGAGUUGUCAGCCAAGAAACAAGUACUCCAGGAAUGAACAGAUGGAUUUGAAUAAUGACAAAGUAAUCUGUGAUAAGGAAAGUGAACCAUCUUUGCAAAAAAAUGCAAAGAGACCUAAAACUUCCAACAACCCUCAGAAGGACUUGGGUGGCAGAAAUGAUGGGAAAAGAAAACACAGCAAAACUGCAAGCAAGAAUAAGUUAAUUGCCGGUCAGGCAAAACUAACUCAGUAUUUUUCACUGUGAGUUUUUGUUUGACACCUGUGGUAUGUUGUUUGGUUCAGAAGUUUGUGUAAUUUUGUGAGAGAAGGAUGACAUACUUGCACCAAUUCCUUUGGCACUCUGGUAGUUUUUGUGUAAUAUGAGAUAAAUACAAGUCCAGGUUAUGCAGAAGUCUUUUAUUUUAUAUAACAGUACAUCUUUAGUAAUUAGAGCUAUGUUAGUUUCUGUUAAUGAAGUAUGAUUUUCUCUCCAGUGUGAUGGGAAAGAAUUUUUGAUGAAUAUAUAUAUCAACACUAAAGCACAGUAAUUUAAAAUUACAUUAAAUUCACUUUAAAAUGUUCACUCUUCAAAGAAGGUGGUGUGGAUCAGUAAUUUUCAGACUUGCCAACACGGUCGAUAGACUCUUCCCAGCAUACACCUGAGCACUGCAGGAAAAAAAAGAUAAUUUGCAAGUUUAAAUCAUCAGACAAUGAGAACUCAUUUAUGGUCUCUGGAAAUGUUAAUAAAUUCUUCCUCCCCUGUGCACAUUUUGGCUUUGUAGUUUAACAAAAUUGAGUAUUUUUUUUUUGUGUGUGAAAUAAAGAUAUACUUACAGUCAAAAUCUCUCCUUCCUAUGGGGAAUUUAGGUGAAUUUUCUCCAGCUGCAGUAUCCCUUUCUUGUAUUGAUUCAAUAUUUUGAAUUUCAGUGUCAGCUGGAAAAGCCAUGGCUCCCUUCAGUGCAAGAUAAGGUAGUUGCUUCCUACCUAAGUUUAUUGCCGUAAUAUGAUUUAAGGAAUCAUGUCUGGAACCUGUGUCCUGUUUUAAGACAAAACAAGAGUGGCAGUUUAUUUGGAAUCAGUUGUGUUCAUUUUUUUUGUACUUUAUAUUUAGCAAUGUAUUUUAUCUUUCAAGAGGAUAAUUUAAAACUAAUGACCUGCCUUACAUAUUUCAAUGUUUUUAUGAUAAAGAACAUGUUAAAGUAAUGCUAUAUAUUUGGUGUGUUGUUAACCUGUUGCUGCCUAUAGGGGAACACUGAAUUAAACACAAAUAGAGGCACUUUUUCUCCACAA